AUGGCGACGCUGUUUUUUAAAUGUAGUGCGUUUUGUUACCUACCCAGAUCAUUAAUGGUUCUUGCAGUUCUCGGACUGUCAUUUACAUCAAGCUACAACUUUGAAAACGAGUCUGUUGAACCCGACGUGCCACUUCAACAUGGUAAUAUCCUGAACCCUUUGUUAAAGGCUUUGUCAGAGCAGAACCCAUGGGGAGAGUUCACACACCGAACCAAACCUGACUCCAGAUAUGUGCGCUACAUGAGGAGACUGUACAAACAAUCAUCCAAACCCUACAGGAGCCCCGAGGCCUCUCACCUGUACAACACCGCUCGUCUGAUCACUCCUAGAGAAGAGUGUCUCAAGCAAAACAGAGAAUUCUUCAUGCAAGACAUUUCCUACAGUCUGAAUCGAGUGAGGUCUCAAGAGCACUUACUAAAAUCCGUCCUGCUGUACUCCUUCGACCACAACCACCUCUCUCCAUUCUCGUUGCUCUGUUAUCUUGACAUGAAGGAACAGAAAUCCUCCAAGGAUCAGAUGUGCUCCAACCAUCUGGGCAUCCAGCACUCGGUCCCCCUGCUCAGCUUCCACGUCCGUCACCGCUGGGUGGAGGUGGACGUGACCUCCUUCCUCCAUCCUCUCAUUCAGGCCCAUAAGAAGGACAUCCACCUGCUGAUCAACCUGACCUGCGUCGAAGAUAUGAUCCCCAGACCUGGAGGCCAGAUUCACAAGAGUCCUGUUGAGUUAACUCACAGAUCUCCAUCUCUCCUUCUCUACCUUAACGACACCAGUGAGGUGGCGUACCAGAGAAGAGCAACGCAGGGCAGGAUGGUGGAUCUGACGUCAAACCAUUGGGAUGGAAAGUCCACAUUAUGGGAGUCGACUUCUCGAAGGCGACGAGGCACCUUAAAGAGUUCAGAAACCAGCUUGCCCAAACCUGUCCCCAUGUAUGAGUUUGCGACCGAUGAUUGUGAUCUGUAUGAUUUCAGAGUGAGCUUCAAAGAGCUCAAACUGGACCAUUGGAUCAUUGAGCCUAAAAAAUACAAUCCGAGGUACUGCAAGGGAUCUUGUCCAACGAAUGUGGGCUAUAUGUAUGGGUCACCGAUGCACACCAUGGUUCAGAACCUCAUUUAUGAAAAGUUGGACUCUUCUGUGCCCAGACCUACAUGCGUACCAUCAGAAUAUAACCCUUUAAGUGUUUUAACCUUUGAGAAUGACAAAUCCUAUGCUUAUAAAGAGUAUGAGGAGAUGAUUGCUACCAAAUGCGCUUGUCGAUAA